UGAAGUUAGACAUGCGAAGCUUUGACAAUUCCAGUCAAAACAAAUGAAUAAAAAUGUGUAUUUUAUAAGGAAGCUAAUUAUUAAUUAAGCUAUUAACUCCAAGCUAUUAGUUAUAAUAACAAUAAAAUGAAAAACAUUGUGAUUUAUAUUUUUUAAAAGUAUUUUUAUUCAAACAACUUCUAAAUAUGAAUAUUUUACCUCGUGGAUUUACCAUUUUGGAUAAUCAAGUUGCUGGACAUUGUUUUCAAGAAGGAAAACAAACCAUAGGGAUAUUAAAACAAAGCGAUGGUAAAAUAUUAAAACCAGCGACUAAAGAAAGUGAAAUCACUUUCUAUGAAAGUCUUCAGUAUACAAAAGAUCCAAUUUUACUCCAAUUACGUAAUUUGGUCCCCGCAUAUUAUGGAUCGUCGCAGCUUAAAAUUAAUGAUAAUUAUGUAAAAUUUAUGAUAUUAGAAAAUCUAACUGUCGAUAUGAAAGAACCGAAUGUUAUUGAUAUUAAAAUUGGUAGACAAACAUGGGAUUUAAAUGCAACACCUGAAAAAAUUGAAGGUGAAAAAAAAAAAUAUACUCAAACGAAACAAGAAUUGGGUCUAAGUCUUCCUGGAUUUGUGGUUCAUGAUUUAUAUUCAUCAAUUGUUUUACAAUUUGGUAAAGACCAUGGGAAAAAUUUGAAUAAAAAUACUUUUAUCGAUAGCAUAAAAUUAUUUUUAAACGCUCAACGUUCAUUUAAUCAACAUUUAUUGGUGCAAAUUGUGGGACAAUUAUGGCGUAUUUUAUUCUGGUGGCAAAAACAAACAAAAUUAUUAAUAUUUUCGAGUUCAAUUUUAAUCGCAUACGAUACAACGAAACUACGAAAAUGUCAUAUAAUUACCGAAAAACGAAAAAAUAUUAAUAAUCAAACGACAAAACCUAUUCGAAAGCAUAGAAUACUAUAUUUUCUAGAUCAAAUGCCCAAAAAGACUACAGUGGAACAUGAAAAACAAUGGCAUAUUAAUUUUGAAACUCAAUUUGAUCUAGAAAAUUUCAUUGCAAAAGAUUUACAAGUAUUAAAAGAUGAAUAUUUUGAGUAUUUAGACAAUACAGGAUUUGAGAAUAUUGAUUUAACACAUCAAUGGGUUAAAGUAAAAAUGAUUGAUUUUGCUCAUGUGUUUCCCACGGGAAAUGGCCGCCAAUGUGAUGAAAAUUAUUUGGAAGGGUUUAGUAAUCUUGUUAAAAUUGUUGAAAAUUUUGAUAAAUUGCUUUAA